CGAGGAUGCAGCUGAAGCGUGGGCACUGGGAAGGAAGGGAGAUGAAGCAGAGCAGCUCUGAGAGCUAGAAAUUGAAUCUAGAUGGCCAUUGGCCACUUCUAAGUUCUGACACUGUCUUGACUCUUGGGCUGCUCUUGAGUCUUGGGUAGGGUUUUGUCGAGUUCGUGCUGGCGCCAGCACUGGCAGCUUUGCUGCGGGCGUCGUUGCUGCAAUGGAGGAGGGAAGAUGUCAGCUUCCUCCGAGGGCUCCGGAGAGCAUGCCAGGGACGGCCGUGAGCAUCUCGCAGGAGGGCCGCUGCCAAAGAAAGCCUGAGGGCCCUAGUGAGAUUGAGGAAGCGGGAGCGGCUAGCAUGGAUGCGACAUCAUCGGGGGAUGACGUCAGCAUCCUGCACGAGCAGGAGGAAGGAUGUGAUGGGGACGAGCGGCUUGCUGCCAUCCUGCAAUUGCAACUUGUGCAGCAGAAACAGGAGAUGAUGGCGAUUGAGGAGGCGCGUGCGGUGACCAACGCAGAUGCUCUGUUUCGGAGGGGCCUGGAAGCCCUCAUUGGAGACCACCUCACCGCUUGCAUGGAAGCUGCUGCUGGGGAGACCUUUGGCCACCGGUUUCGUUUCCAGGGGGAUGGGAGCGCCUCUGCUGUGGAGAGGGGAAACCAUGACGAGAUCGAGUUCGAAAACAAUGAAGCGGAACAGGCGUGCCAAAGUGACGGCGGUGUUGGGGCGGGACAGAACGAGAAGUCUGUUGUUGGAAUAGACAAAGGCAAUCAGGCAGCGUCUGAACGCAACGAGGGGUGUGAUGUGAAAGCUUCAUCAGAGGAGAGAUCAAGCGAUCCCGGUGGCGCGGAUGUUUACGAAAUCGGAGAGAGCUCUGGAGUGAUCACUGAUGAAGACGAGGGAGAACAAGGGGGGCUCCUCAGGCGCCGGCGGCCCCGGGACUCACAUGAUUGUGACACUAUGUCACAGGUUCCAGAGCUGGUGGCCUUGUCGAGGAUGCAAGCAGUGUCAAGCAUGCUGGGCGCCUCUUUUCUGCGGGACGAACCUGCCGCCUCUACUUCCCGCCGGGACCUCGACUUUGAGCCCUACAUGCAGAGGGCGCACCUGGAGGCCCUGCAGCGUUGGCGGGAAAUGGAGCUUCAUAGGCACUUAGAAACGGAGGAGCUUCGAAGUAGGGCUCCUCGGCGAGGGGUUGUUCGGAGGCAACCUGACGCCACUGAUGUGAAUAGCAACGGGGAUGGAAACAGGGAUGAUGUGUAUCAAGAAAGUAGUCAGAUGGAGAGAGACGGGGGCACCGGUGAUAGUGAAGGGCAGGACGGAACAGAGGUGGCUGUCGGAAGUGAAGGAGGUUUGGACGCCAAUAACGGAAUGGGUGCUGAGGAGGGCAGUAACUUGUCAGCUGGGGGUCCAGAGACUUCUAUUCCACUUGAGCAGACAGUAACACGAGAGGCGUCGUUCGAUCAGAUUGCAAACUCCUCCAACGCAGCACCCUCCACCGCAGAACCCCGCCAACAACCACAAACCCAGAACCUUGUACAAAUCACCCCCCUUAACCCCCCUCAAACCCCUCCUAACCCGCCCCAAGCCCGCAUCCAAGUCAGUGUCAGCGAGUUAGUCCGCUUGCGGGAAAGCGCGCGCUCGCGCACGGAGGCCACACAGCGGGAGCGUCAGAUGGUCCGUCAUCGCGCGGCGCAGCGAGACCGCUUUCUGGAUUUAGAGGCGGCGGAGCGGGAGCGCGAGCUGGCGGGGCUCGGACAGCAACGGGCUGUGUCGGCGUUUGCGCACAGGACGCGGCUUCAGUCGCUUUUCCAUGGCCGGUCCUCGCACCAAAAUCCCGCCGCGCCCGACGCCCCCCCCCUCUCUCACACCCCCCGCGCCCGCGUCGAAGAGAUGGGCAGCCUGCGGGCUCGUCGCCCUGUCAGCGGCAUCCGGGAACUCUUCCGCCACAACCUUGAAAACAUCGUCCGCCGGCAGGCCGCCGGCGAGCGCCUCAACACAAACCCGAGGGUUAAUCAAGGGUCAGGGGGUAACCAGGGGGUGGUAGCAAACGGUAACCAAGGGUUCGGGGCUAACCAGGGUGCUGCCCCGAGAGUUAACGGGGUUGCAGGGCAUAACCAAGGUGUAGCAGCGAGGGUUAUUCAGGAACUGGGUGCCAACCAGGGGGCGGGUAUUGGAUUAGCAGGGGGGUUGAGGAGUGGAGUACGAGCCGGGCGAGCCCCGCAGGAGCGGUGGGUGGACGAGGCGAGUGCGUAUAACCUGGAACUGCAAGAGCUGCUAACCAGGCGCAACGUGAGCACCAUUCUGACGAGCGAGUUCCGCAACCGGUUAGAGGACCUGGUUAACUCACUGGUGCUAACCCGGGUGGGAACCACCGCCCACCGGCCAGUCAACCAGGGAGUUCCCCGGCAAGCCAUCGCCGCUCCUCAGGCUCCCCCAGCAGCCGCCCCCCCCGCUCCCCCGCCCCUGCCGCAGGCCCCGCUUUGGCAGCCCGCUCAGAUGGCGGUAGCGGCGGCGCCCGCCAGGUGGCACGCAGGAAACGGCGGCAGCAGUCACGAUCUGCGGGAGAGCGUUCGGGAGCUGCGCCAGGAGAUGGAGCAGAUGCGCGGGCUUAUGGAAAACUGUUUCGAGAUGCAGCUGGAGCUGCAACGGUCCAUCCGUCAGGAGGUGGCAGGGGCCCUCUCGCGCGUGCACGACGCUGGCCGGGGGAUCCCCCAGGAGCCGUUGGAUGGUGCCACGUGGGCUACCGUCAGACGGGGCGUGUGCUGCGUCUGCUGCGAGAGCGGCAUUGACGCCCUCCUUUAUCGGUGCGGCCAUAUGUGCGCCUGCCACUCGUGCGCGAGGCAGCUGCAGCAGAGCACGGGGAAGUGCCCUCUGUGCCGUGCACCCAUCCUCGAGGUUGUGCGAGCGUUCACCACCGCUUAGGGGUUAGUCAAUAAGACGCCUAUGGGCUGGGACAGUGGUGUCAUCUUUAGAAAGGUCCGACUGUACAAAUAGUAGGUUCACCCCCAAAACGUGAGUUUGCAAGGUGGGCGAAGAAACACAUUGAGAAUGUGGACCGCAAGAUCAAGGUUUCGUGGUCCAUUUUUGGCCUUGAAAUAGUCCUCCGCGUUCGUUGAGGAUCAGAACAUAUCACGGGAGACAUGUUGAAAUGCAUGAGUCGCAAUACUGCCAUAAAAUCCGUCUGGGUCAUAAAGCCUGUC